GUAAGAAUCAGAUUGUAAAUAUAGAUGAAUUAUGGAUUUUCUGAGAACCAGGACAAUCUAAAUAAAUCAUCCGAGCAUUUCAGAGCGAGUUUUGACUCCAAAAUUUAUCAACAAGUUAAUCUUAGACAUUCUCAAAACUCAAUUUCUAAUAAGCAAGAGAUACUAAAAAGAUCAGCAAAGAGGGCUUUUAGUAGCAAUUCUUUUCGCACAAAAUGUCAAAAGCAGUACACUCCAGGAAAAAUGAGUGUCCAAAACCACAGGAGCCAUUCUUAUCAACAAGCUGGGAUAAGAGUUGGGCCAAAGAAGCCUAAGCCUAGUCAAAGACGUUCAAGGCAGGCUAAAUCUAAACCUCUGUGCUCAAAAUGAGUCCAACAGAAAACUUGAAACAAUCAUAAAUUCACAAAAAUUGCUAAAAAAUUUGAAAGAUGACAGCAACCACAAAUGGGGAAUGAAUACAAGCCAAGUAAGAAGCAAAGACAUCCUAAUUUGCUUCUGAAAGGUACAAAGAAAGAGCGAAACUUAUUCACACCUUCAAAGAAUUCAUCUAAAUUAUUCAAUAAAGGACUGGUCUAUGGGACAAGAAGAGAGAAUGAGAUGGAGCCAAGCCAGAGGACAAAUGUAGCCCAGAUUUCUCCAAUGCAUCAGAAGAGUUUCAUAAGUAGUUCUUGGGGCCGUCAGGCCCCAACAAAACGACCUGAAACAAUGCUGAACCAGCGUGGAUCUAAUCCUCAGCCACAUAAGCUGAACUUGAAUUUGGUUAUUAAUCAUGAGAAUAUGACAAUCCGGCCAGAUAGUGCAAUGACUGCAUCAGAACCUACAACUUUUCAAAAUAUCUCAACGACGUAUUAGAUAACCCAGAGAUGAGUUUUAUAAACCAUGUAUCAGCACAGCCAAAUAUUAUUGAGAAUCUGAACCAUUUCAAAAUUAAGGAGAAUCAUCAAAUUAAUGCAAGCUGUGAUAGAUUUAAUCACAAAAAGAAAUUGAAAUGUAAUAAAUGACACUCCCCUCUCAAAGGAAAAGAAGCCAAAAAAAUUAGAAACCAGAGAAUGUUGCAGAAUGCUACUUCUAACCCAUUUUGACAUAACCAGAAAUAAAUAAGACUUUAUUAAGAAAUUUAAAACUCAUCUUAGAAAGCUCGAAGAACCCAAAUAAACAACAGAAGUACCCAAGACCUGUCCAUCCUUGCCAGAAUAGUUGUUAUCCUUUACCAGAAUCUCCAAAGAAAUCUUGUCAUAUAUCGAUCAUAAACC